AGCCAACUAAUUUAAAAGCCAUGUAACGUCUGAAUUCUAUUCUCUCGUUCCCAAAAUCCACAUUACCUCCUCUUUUCCCAUCUUUUUCUCCACACGUUCUCCCUCUCACUAAUCACUUCCUCAACAAAUCAAUUCUCUCUCUCCCCCUCUCUCUCUCUCUAACAAACCAGAGAGUUUCAAGAUCUGAAGAACACGUAUUCUUUUCGAUCGUAAAGAGCAGAAGAGAGAUGUGUUGUGGAAGUAGGAUGUGCAUGCUGUGCACGUGCGUGAUACUGGUAGUCAUCUUGAUCGGGUUUUUGUUUGGAUUUGGGGUUUUCAAGAAUGGAUUUCACAAGCUCAAGGAAACUAUUCACGACUGCGACGCAAGCAUUCCUGGGAAUCUUUGUGGGAGGCCCUUUUUGGGGUAUGCGCCGCCUCCCUCACCGUUCUAGGGAUUUCAUCUAUUAGUUUUAUUUUUCCCUUACCUGGUGUUUGUGUUUAGAAUUUUCUGGGGAUUAUGUUGGAUUUAUGAUAUAUACAUAUAUUUUUUU